AUGUGCACUCAGAUCAACAGCCUCUUCAAGUGCGGCCACCGCGCCUUCAACAAAUUCGACAACUGCCCCGAAUUUGGAAAGUCAUGUCUCGGGGCGGGAGGCAAGCACAAGGACGUUGCGGUCGACCAUGUGUGCCAGGACUGUAAGCUGCGGGAGUCCCAGAACAACACUCCCGCCGCCGGCACUCCUGAAAGCAGUGGCGGGGAGAAGAAGGACCCGUGGUGGGAUGGUGAUCCGUGGAGGAAGUACAGGAAGGGCUGA